AUGCCUAUCACCAAGUACAAGGCCGCCGCUGUCACCUCCGAGCCCGGUUGGUUCGACCUCGAGGGUGGUGUCCAGAAGACCAUCAACUUCAUCAACGAGGCAGGCCAGGCUGGCUGCAAGCUGGUCGCCUUCCCCGAAGUUUGGAUUCCUGGCUACCCCUACUGGAUGUGGAAGGUCACCUACAUGCAAUCCCUUCCCAUGCUCAAGAAGUACCGCGAGAACUCCCUCCGCGUCGACUCCGAGGAGAUGCGCCGCAUCCGCCGCGCCGCCCGCGACAACCAGAUCUACGUCUCCAUGGGCUUCUCCGAGCUCGACCACGCCACUCUCUACCUCUCGCAGGUCCUCAUCUCCCCCGACGGCACCGUCAUCAACCACCGCCGCAAGAUCAAGCCCACCCACGUCGAGAAGCUCGUCUACGGCGACGGCUCCGGCGACACCUUCCUCUCGGUCUCCGAGACCGGCAUCGGCCGCGUCGGCCAGCUCAACUGCUGGGAGAACAUGAACCCCUUCCUCAAGUCCCUCAACGUCUCCAUGGGCGAGCAGGUCCACGUCGCCGGAUGGCCCGUCUACCCCGGCAAGGAGCGCCAGGUCGCCCCCGACCCGGCCACCAACUACGCCGACCCUGCCUCCGACCUCGUCACCCCUGCCUACGCCAUCGAGACCGGCACCUGGGUCCUCGCUCCCUUCCAGCGUCUCUCCGUCGAGGGUUUGAAGAAGAACACCCCCGAGGGUGUCGAGCCCGAGACCGAUCCCUCCGUCUACAACGGCCAUGCUCGCAUCUACAAGCCCGAUGGCAGCUUGGUCGCCAAGCCCGACAAGGACUUUGACGGUCUGAUGUUCGUCGACAUCGACCUCAACGAGAACCACCUCACCAAGGUCCUCGCUGACUUUGCCGGCCACUACAUGCGCCCCGAUCUCAUUCGUCUUCUGGUCGACACCCGCCGCAAGGAGCUCGUGACUGAGGCCGAUCCCGAGGGUGGCAUCGCUUCUUACAGCACCUACCACCGUCUCGGUCUUGACCGUCCCCUGGACUCCAAGCCCGAGCUGCACGAGCACGACAGCGUGAACAAGCGCGUCAGCAAGGAGCCUUCCGUCAAGCCUGCAAAGAAGCUCUAG